AUGCAAUAGAUUUGUGAUUUCCAUUUGAGAUAUAUCAAAUUCAUUUGUGUCGAUAACACUUGCAACAACAAACUGCUUUGUGAUGAUUGCUCCAGAACUUCGAAUGAACACAGCAAUCACAAAAUAGUGGAUGCUGCUGCAUUUUUAUAAUAGGCGGAGACCUUCCUAAAAGGUGGAAAUCCUGACUUUGCUCUCUAUGGAAGUGAUCUUGGCAAUAAAACCAAAAUCUUUCUCUCCAAUAAUGGAAACAUCAGACAUGAGAUCAGAAUGAAUUAUUUAAGAAAAUUAGAGGAUUCCAUUGAAAAAUACUUACACCAAAUGAUCGACAGUCUCCAGUCCUCGAAAAAGAUGGUAGUCGAUUUUAUUAAUCAAUCAAUUGAGGAUUGUUUCUCAGCAUAAGUUUUAAAUAAUCGAGAAACUGGUCACAUGAUAGUUUAAACAGUGAUGAGUGCAUUGAAUGCUAAAAUAUCCACCAAAGAAGCAAACAUCCUCUUAUACCGCUUGCAUACAGGAGACUUAGAAAGAGAAUACUACGAGAAGAAAAUACAAGCCCUAGUUGAAUUGUUUCACUAGAAUGUGAAGUUAUUAUUAGAACCCAUGGCCAAUCAAGUCCAUAAAUAUCUCAAGUAAUUUCAUCAAGAGAUGGAGAGAAUUCGAAAUCAAAUUAAAGAAGAGCAUUUCCAAAUCAAUAAGAUUAACAUGUUGCCAAAAGCAUUCAAAAUCAAAGAUGUCACCAGCAACCCCAACUUAUAGUUAAAAGUGCCCCCAACAUCAUUUACUAAAUAUUAAACCUCUCAAAACACUUAAUAAUAGGUCUACACAUUAGCCACUGAUUACGACCAAGACGAUGUUGAAUAACUAUCAAGAUGGAAAAUGAACAAAUUAACCAAGUCCAGAAAACUUGAGUUGCUCAAGAGUUUGGAUUACACACAUCACACCAUGAAGACUGAAUAGUCUUAAUCUAUUGUGAAGUAGCAGGUCCCCAUCACGGCUCCAUAUGAUUCUACUGGAACUGAAUUUAAGAGAAUCAUCCAAGUCAACACAUAACAUACUUACCUAUUGAAAAUUAUAAAUAUCUAAAAAAACGUGUGUUUGACAGCAGGAAAGGAAGGCACUCUAAAUAUCAUAACGAUAGAGAUCGAGUAGAGUGAUCUCUCUAUUGUCAAUCAACACCAGCUGAAACCUCAUUAAGAAUUGAAGGAUGUGGAACUAUGUUAGACUCCAGGGAUGUUUCUGACCACUGGCAGGAAUAUCAAGAUCUUGAAUGACAAAUACAUUGAUUUAGGGUUUACUGUCAAAUUAUUUUUGUAUUAGGAUAUGAAAUAAAUUGAGCAACUCACAGAAUUUAGAGAUUUGCAUUAACAACCUAUCGAACAGUUGAAAUUUAUUAAUGAAAAGUAUUUGAGACAAACUGUUGAAUAUUCUAAAUACAGUAAUGAAUUGGAUUUUGCAACCAUUUGUGCAGAUUUCAUUAAGGUGUGGAAGUUUUGCUUCGACAGUUCAAAAAUAUAUGAAGGAGAAAUGCUGGAGUAAUAUAAAGUGGAGUUGAAACCCUCUAUAAUUAAAAGUGUGGACUUCUCAGAUGGAUUAACAAUUGCUUCAGAGAAAUCUACAACUUAUCUCUUCCACGAUUCCUAAUUGUUUAAGCAAAUAAAGAAUGUGACUGGAAAAGACCAAGUACUCAGAUCGAAGUUAAUUUCCAAUCAUCGACUUUUGAUUAUGACUCAGCAGGGUGUGCUUACGAUUAUUGAUCUAAAAAAAAUACAAUUGCCACCUCAUUUAACUAACUCUAAAGACAAUAAACCAUAUGAACCACAGAAAAUUAAUGUCAAAAAGUAUUUGCGUUAGAUAUUGUUCGAAAAGGAAGACAAGGAGUUGGAAUUGAUUGAUGUAAUUCAAGUGAGGAAGAAAUUUCUUUGUCUUCUUCACAGUUCCUAGUUUGAUCACUAUUUGAUUCUGAACGAAUAAUUUGAACUUGAAAAUAAGUAUAGAAUAGCGCCUUCUGAAACUAGAUACCUCAAAUUUUUAGAGAUUUAGACACAUGAUCUAAUGAUAGCUAUAGAAGGCAAAGGCGAUUAUAGUAUUUGGGAUGUUAGCAAAUGA